AGCUCGGCCCCAGCUCCGCGGCGGCUGGGGGAGCUGUGCGGUGUGCGAGUGCGUGCCCGGGGCAUGUGCACCUCUGCUGCCGAGAGGGCUGAAGAGCCUGCGUGCGAGUGCUGAAUGCGUGUUUAAGUGCUCAUUUGUGCUUCAGAUCUCUGGGAAAGCUGACUUUGGGCAUCUUGAGUCUGGUGUAGUGGGGGGGGUCAGGACACUUGGUGCAUCUUGGAAGUGCCUAUGAAGAGUGGUUUCCUUGGCUCUGUAGAUGCCUUGAGAGAACACUCAAAGGUGCUGGAGGAUACAGGCUGAAUUUCCUAAUUCAGGUCCUGCGCUGGGGUGGGACAGAUUGAGAGCUGAAGAACCCUCACAUGCUGUAACUAUCACCCAGGAGGUAGGAGUGGUGAUUGGGAGCAGCCUUGCAGUGCUAGGUUUGGGCCCACAGACACCGAGCAUCCUCCGUGGGCUCUGUAACUUCCCCUGUCAGCAAUGCCGGGAUGCUGCUGCUGUUGCUGUGCUGGUCUCAGCCAUGUCUCAGCCAGGCUUCCUGCACAGCUCGGUUUCUUGUCCCACUCACUUGUAGCAGUGGCUUUAUCUUUCUUGGGUCACGUUGCCUUGAGGUCCUGAUUUGAAGAAAAGGUCUGGAGUGUUGUGAUUGCUUUUACAGAACUUAAGUGGGAGCCGCUGCUGGAAGGGUAUUGCCCUCUCCCCGCUUCCCCGCACGCAGUACGCUCCCAUUUCCUCUUGGCACAUCCCCAUGCACAGCGAGCUAGAUCCCAGAGCAGAGGCGGCUCAAGAGAACGUGCUCCGGGGAACAUGAAGUCAUGGGUGGGGGAAACCAUUCCUUUUAGUGGCAGCCUGUGUAAAAUGAUCUUAAGGCUUCAACCUGAGUCUGGUGAGGACUUGUGUGACCUAGCCGGUGGCUUAAACUGGAUCUGUGUUUUGAAGCCAGGCAAUGUGUGCUGCCAAACUACUUCACUCUUAGCAGAAUUUGUGUGGCUUAUUCUGGAGUUACCUGUGUGCACAGGUUUUUAAGUGUGGGGUUUGUUACAGCUUGGUGACGUCGAAAUAGGAUUUUAUAAGGUGGGGAGGAGGAAAAGCCAAUGCAGCACUGCAAGAGAACAAUGAACCCAUCCUCUGAGCCCAUCCCUUCCCUUUGCCUGGGAAAGAGAAUGGGCAGAGGCAAGCGGUGCAUGAAAUGUUUUGGUGUCUGCAACGUGCUGCCAGCUCCUCCUUGCUGGAGGCCCUCUGCGAAAGGGGGUAACAAAUGUGCAGUGUAAUGGCACUGCCCAUGCAUAGUGAACUGGAGAGCACUGGAGCAGGGUCAGCUAUGUCAUGCAUGUAAUAUAUGCCCGUGCAAAGCAAAGCUGGGAAGCGUUGUGCCAGGGUCAGCUGUGCUACACAUUGCCCUUAUUUCUGGUCACGUGGCUGCUUUUCCUUGCCACUGGAAUGAGCAGCAUGGUCCAGGAGCUGGGACACUGGGUAUGAGUGGAGCAGAACUCCGCUACAGCGGCCUAAAGAGCUUGCUUUGGAAGCCAUUGCUGUAUACAGAUGAGAAGCAGAGCAAGUGAUCCCUGCAGUUCGUGGGUCUUCUCUGGAUCUUUCAUGCACUGACUUCAGUUGAUUUGUGUUUAACAUUUUUGCUGAUGCAAGUGCCCUGUUUCACAGUGUGAGAGGAGUUGCAGCAGAACCCCUUAGUAGCUGAUAGUUGAUUACAAGUAGCUUUACUUUGUGUAGGAAGCUGUUUGAACUUGAGCUAGUGGCAGAGCUCCUGCUAACAUAAACUGUUUGUCAGGCUGAAGAGUUUCUUGCACAGAAAUGUAACCAAGUCUUCAGGGGGUUUUCCCAGGCCUGAUUAGCUGUCUGGGGCAGAGUUAACCACUGUGGCUAAAGCAAAGGUCUUUUGGCCUCUCUGCUGGAAAUAGGAGUUCUUAGAGCUGGAGUGGCUGAACGGAUCUUGCCCCACUCCACAGGAGCAGUUCAUGUUCUGCCAGGUCCCUGUAAACUGUGUGAGCCCCAGCUGGCAGGAAUGGCCUAGGCAGUGAAUGGUCACUGACGAGGUGAAGAUGUCUGUCCUGCUUGGCUUUGUGCAGCGCUGGGGUCAGUGGGCAGCUGGGAUGCCUGCUCCAGGCACCCUCACCUCAUUUCUCUGCCACUCUGAAUUUGCCUUGCCACAAUAUUGUCAUUUGGCUUUCAUCUACAACAGUCGAAUCUCCCAAACUGGGCUGCAGCUCAGUGUUCUUUCUAGUUCUUUUUCCUCCUUACCUCCACCCCCCUUCCCCAGGUUGACUUAACCGCCCAAAUUCAUUGAGCUCUUUUCAUGAAUGGCAUCUCUGAGAAAGCAGAAUAUCAGCAGGUCUCUGUGUGAGACUGAAUAGUUGAAUAACAGUAACAACUCUGGGUUGCUUUUUGCUAUAGUCAGUAAUAAUUGGUGGAAUUGUAAUGCCAAUAAAUGGUAAAAACUGGCAAUAAAUGAUAAAAACUCAGCUUGUUUUUUUAUAGCCCAGUUGAAAAAUCCUUGGGAUGAUUUAAUACUUAAAAUUCCUUUUUAUCUUCUAAUUUUGCAAGGUCUUCUGUGCUGCUAAGUCGGUUAGUUGAGCUGCUCUGUUCACUGGUGCUGAUGAGCAUUUGAAUGCUGGCAGGCAUCUGUCGGUGCAGUUUGCAGAGGCCCUGGAUGAGGAGCUACAAGGAGCAGAGUCUGUCAUGUACAACUUAUAGAUAACCUUCAGCACAUGGCACAGGACUGUCCUUAGCAGAGCUGUCACUUGUGUGAUUGGUAACAUGCAGCAGGUGUGUGUGCCUGGGCUCUCUCUCCAUGUUGUGGUGGCUGAGUGCCCUGGCCAGCAACAGAUCUCUCCUCUCAUCAGGGAUGUUCAAUCUUGGCUGAAGAGGAAAUAAAGGCAGAGCAGGAGGUGGUGGAGGGGAUGGAUAUCUCCACUCGAUCCAAAGAUCCUGGCUCUGCCGAACGCACAGCGCAAAAAAGGAAGUUCCCCAGCCCUCCGCACUCCUCCAACGGCCACUCGCCGCAGGACGCGUCCGCGAGUCCUAUCAAAAAGAAAAAGAAACCUGGGCUGUUGAACAGUAACAAUAAAGAGCAGUCAGAACUAAGACAUGGUCCGUUUUACUAUAUGAAGCAGCCACUCACCACAGACCCUGUUGAUGUUGUACCGCAGGAUGGACGGAAUGAUUUCUAUUGCUGGGUUUGUCAUCGGGAAGGCCAAGUCCUCUGCUGUGAGCUCUGCCCUCGGGUUUAUCAUGCUAAGUGUCUGAAACUGACAGCGGAACCAGAGGGGGAUUGGUUUUGCCCAGAAUGUGAGAAAAUCACAGUGGCAGAAUGCAUAGAAACACAAAGUAAAGCUAUGACAAUGCUCACCAUAGAACAGCUGUCGUACUUGCUGAAGUUUGCACUACAGAAAAUGAAACAGCCAGGGACAGAGCCAUUUCAAAAGCCAGUUUCACUGGAUCAACACCCAGAUUAUGCAGAAUAUAUCUUUCACCCAAUGGACCUUUGUACAUUAGAGAAGAAUGUUAAGAAGAAGAUGUACGGUUGCACUGAAGCGUUUUUGGCUGACGCCAAAUGGAUUUUGCACAACUGCAUUAUUUACAAUGGGGGAAAUCACAAGUUGACACAGACAGCAAAAGUCAUCAUCAAAAUCUGUGAGCAUGAGAUGAAUGAAAUCGAAGUAUGUCCGGAAUGUUACUUAGCUGCUUGCCAAAAACGAGAGAAUUGGUUUUGUGAGCCUUGUAGCAAUCCCCACCCUCUGGUCUGGGCUAAACUCAAAGGCUUUCCAUUCUGGCCUGCUAAAGCGCUGCGGGAUAAAGACGGCCAAGUUGAUGCCCGCUUCUUUGGCCAACACGACAGGGCCUGGGUUCCAAUAAAUAAUUGCUACCUCAUGUCUAAAGAAAUUCCUUUUUCUGUGAAAAAGACUAAGAGCAUCUUCAAUAGUGCAAUGCAGGAGAUGGAGGUUUACGUGGAUAACAUCCGCAGACGGUUCGGAGUGUUUAACUAUGCCCCUUUCCGGACGCCCUACACUCCCAACAACCAGUACCAGAUGCUGCUGGACCCUGCAAACCCCACUGCUGGAACUGCAAAGACAGACAAGCAGGAGAAAAUCAAGCUCAACUUCGACAUGACAGCGUCCCCCAAGAUCCUGAUGAGCAAGUCGAUGCUGGGCAGCGGCACGGGGCGGCGGAUCUCGCUGACCGACAUGCCGCGCUCCCCCAUGAGCACCAACUCCUCCGUGCACACCGGCUCCGACGUUGAGCAGGACGCCGAGAAGAAAGCCACUUCCAGCCACUUCAGUGCCAGCGAGGAGUCCAUGGACUUCAUUGAGAAGAACACAGCUUCUCCAGCACCAACACGGACAGGUCAAGCAGGGAGCUUGUCAGGCAGCCCCAAACCUUUCUCUCCUCAAGCAUCAACACCAAUUUCUGCUAAGCAAGAAAGGACCUCCACGCCAGGAAGCAUUCUGAAUCUUAAUCUUGACCGUAGCAAAGCUGAGAUGGAUCUGAAGGAGCUGAGUGAGUCAGUCCAGCAGCAAAGCACUCCUGUGCAGCUCAUCUCCCCCAAACGCCAGAUCCGCAGUAGGUUCCAGCUUAACCUUGACAAGACAAUAGAGAGCUGUAAAGCACAGCUUGGGAUAAAUGAAAUCUCUGAAGCUGUUUACACUGCAGUAGAACACAGUGACUCUGAAGAUUCAGAAAAGUCUGACACCAGUGACAGUGAAUAUAGUGAUGAGGACCAGAAAUCAAAGAAUGAUCAGGAGGAUGGAGAGGACAAGGAAGGUACAAGAAGUGACAAAGAGUCCUUGAGCAUAAAAAAAAAAACUAAACCCCCAGCACAGAAUGAAGACAAGGAGGAACUUAAAAGCACAAGUCCAGAAGUGGAGAAACCAGAUGAUGCAGCCAAGGAGAAGGCAAUUACAGACUCUGAGAAAGACUUCUGUGACAAGGCAAAAGGUUUACAGCAUCCAGCAAAAGAAAAGCUGAAAGGUAAAGAUGAAACAGACUCUCCAACUGUGCACCUAGGGCUGGACUCUGAUUCUGAGAGUGAGCUUGUGAUCGACCUGGGAGAUGAUCACUGCGCCCGGGAGGGAAGAAAAAGCAAGAAAGAGUCGAAGGAGCCUCCUCCCAAACAGGAUGUUGUAGGUAAAACUCCACCUUCCUCUAGUGCCAGCACCCAGCCUCUACCAGAAACUCCAGUCCUUACCCGCUCUGCAGCCCAGACUCCACCAGCUGGUGUGACAGCAACUACCAGCGCUGCCUCUACUGUUAGUGCUCCAGCUGCAGCCACUGGCAGCCCUGUGAAAAAGCAGAGGCCUCUGCUGCCCAAGGAAACUGCCCCUGCUGUGCAGCGUGUAGUGUGGAACUCCUCCAGUAAGUUCCAGACCUCCUCUCAAAAGUGGCACAUGCAGAAGGUGCAGAGACAGCAGCAACAGCAGCAGAGCCAGCAGGCUCAGUCACAGCAACCUCAGUCCUCUCAAGGGACAAGAUAUCAGACAAGACAAGCAGUUAAAGCUGUGCAGCAAAAAGAGAUCACCCAGAGCACUUCCACAUCCACUAUAACCUUGGUUACAAGUACUCAGCCCAUUUCUAUGGUUACCAGUUCUGGAUCUGCAAGUACCCUUUCUUCCUCACUUAACACAGACUUGCCCAUUGCAACAGCUUCAGCUGAUGUGGCUGCAGACAUUGCUAAGUACACUAGCAAAAUGAUGGAUGCCAUCAAGGGAACCAUGACUGAAAUAUAUAAUGAUCUCUCCAAAAACACCACUGGAAGCACCAUAGCUGAGAUUCGGCGCCUGAGGAUCGAGAUAGAGAAGCUGCAGUGGUUACACCAGCAGGAGCUGUCAGAGAUGAAGCACAACCUAGAGCUGACAAUGGCUGAAAUGCGUCAGAGCCUGGAGCAGGAGCGAGAUCGUUUGAUUGCGGAGGUGAAGAAGCAGCUGGAGCUGGAGAAGCAGCAAGCAGUGGAUGAAACUAAAAAGAAGCAGUGGUGUGCUAACUGCAAGAAGGAGGCCAUCUUCUACUGCUGCUGGAACACCAGCUACUGUGACUACCCCUGCCAGCAGGCUCACUGGCCUGAGCACAUGAAGUCUUGCACACAAUCAGCUACUGCAACACAGCAAGAAACAGACACUGAGAUUAGCACAGAAACAUUAAACAAAUCAGCCCAGCCCAGCUCAGGCGUGCAGCCUGCACCCACAGAGCCAGCCAGCACCCCCAAGGAGAAGGAAGGUUCAGCUGAGAAGAGCAAAGAGAGUGUUACAGACCCAUCAGUGUAGCUUCUGGUCUGGAUCUUUCGAUACAAGUUGCCUUCUGAUAAGCAAUACUGACUGCAGCACUUCCAAGCCCUUCUUGCCUGGGGGUUCAGAGGCCAAGCUCAAGACCUGCAUUCAGACCAACUUCCUUACCACACAGACUGCCACUAGGGUGCCGCAGUGGUCCAGAGCACAGCAGUUCACCUGGAUCUACAGCUAAUGGAGCAGUGUGCAGUUACCAGAUCCUCCACAGCAGCUACUCUGAUAGUGUUCAGUAGGCAAGGAUGAGCAAAUGCUCCAAUAAAAGGGACUUAACAUUGCAUAUAUAGAAAAUGUUUAUAGAGAAGAUUCUGCUUUCUAGGUAGGGCUUGACUAUUAGCAAUUUCAGCAUCGUUUUUCUUCUGCCCUUGCAAGAUUUAUUAUAAAUGAAGAAUUUUGUGGGGGGCCCUGGUCCUUCAAACCCUUACACAUGAUCCCCCACAUCAGUAGGAGCCUUGUUGUAUUUUAAAAUAUUAAAAGCAAACUAAUUUUGUAGUAUUGUGA